AUGGCAGGUAGAGGUAGAGGACGGGGCGGUGGAUUAUCAUUUACUCAAGAACAACUUCAAGCUCUUGGCAUUGCACGAGGAGAAAAUACGGCAACAACACUCGCUCCGCCACCAUUAUUUCCAAAGCUUGAAGCGAAACCUUUGCCUCUGAGUUGUGAUGCUGCGACGGACUAUAUGCUUAUUGUUAAGGAUCAAUUUAUUGAAUAUUUACAUGAAACGCCUGCGUAUGUUAAACCAAACAUGCGGACAGACGGUAUAGAACGAUAUUCUGAUAAGUACAAACAAUUAGCGCUUGAUGCGAAGCAAGGAAAAGUGCUGGAUUGUGUGUGGGUAAACAUGCCAGCAGAAUUAAGACCGCAAGCAAGCAAACUUCGAAUGACUUCUCGAAAACGCAAGCUUGAUGACGCAACUGUUAUAAAUAAAAAACUUCAAACUCUUGAAAAUAAAGAAACCUUAGAUGAAAAUGCAGAAGUAGAGGCAGAAAGCAAGGAUGAGGAUACUGUCAAAAAAGAAAAUGAUGAUGAUGAAGAAAUAGAAGAUGAAGAAGAACAAGAGUAUGAAAUUGAUGAAGGUACAGAUUAUGCAAACAAUUACUUUGACAAUGGUGAAGACUAUGAUGAAGAAGAUGACAAUCUUGAUGAUGGACCUGUUUAUUAG